AUGUCAUUUCGAGGUUUUAGAGAUAACCCCCCAAAAGCAGGGCCGACCAGGCCUCAAGGAAGAGGUGACGCAAAAACUACUAUCUACUUACCACCAGAUGGGAAAGUCCCUCCCCCCGAUCCCUUCGUAAGGAAAAUCGAAGACGAAAUUCAGAAAGCACAAGCAGAUCCCUUGACUCUUAGCAAGCUCCAACUGAAUUCCGAAUACCCUCCUCGACCAGGAUAUGGAACUAAGGGAAAGCCAGUCGUCCUAUGGGCGAACUAUUUUCAUUCUAUCCCGGAUCCCAAUCUAGUGCUCUACAGAUACGCUAUCGACGUGAGACCUACUGUUUCUGGCAGGAAGCUGGCCCAAAUCGUUAGAUUGGUCCUCGAGGCGCCAGAGGUCACCUCAAUGGCAGCCAAUCUAGUCACCGAUUACAAGUCCACCAUCAUAUCACGAGAAAGACUGCCGUUGGCCAAUAAUGCAAUCGUUGUACCCGUGUUGUACCGGAGUGAACUGGAGGACGAACCCGCCGGGGACGCUGCCCAGUUUAGAGCCCGUAUCCUGUACACCAAUACUCUACGGGUAUCGCAAUUGAUAGAGUAUCUGACGUCAACCAACUAUAUCAGAUAUGAUGAGAAACUCCCAAUGAUUCAAGCGCUGAAUAUACUUUUGAAUCACUACCCAAUGACAUCUCCAGACCUUGUCUCACGUGGUGGAAAUAGAGCUAACAGAACCUUUCCACUUAGCAACAAGGCCCUGCAGUCGGACAAGGCUCCUCUAAUUGGCGGGCUAACAGCGAUUCGUGGGUUCUUUUCGAGUGUCAGAUUCGCCGCUGGUAGGGUCCUGGUUAACGUAAAUGUUAGCCAUGGGGCAUUCUACAAUAGCGGACGUCUGGUUGACUUGAUUGAUGCAUUUCAAAAGGCAAAUGGCAGGAGCCUGGAUGCCUUGAACGAAUUUCUGAAUGGUAUCCGGGGACGCACAUUCCAUCUACCCGAAAGAAGAAACCGAAGUGGCGAGCUUAUCAUCAGGCCUAAGACACUUUAUUCCCUUGCUACGUGCGGUGAUGGCACGGAAUUGCCACCGAACAGACGACCCCAGAUACACUCAUUUGGAGCGGGCUCUAAAGGUGUAAAAUUCUGGCUAGAACCUCGCCAAGCGCCAGCAUCGGGUCGUUUAGGAUCGAGGAAAAAGAAGUGCCAGUCAUCAGGACCCGUAGCAUCACCGCUUGGGCCCGCGAGGUUGAUUAGCGUGUAUGACUACUUUCUGGAGACGUACGACAUCCGCGACCAAAGACCAGAUUUGCCUGUUAUCAAUAUUGGCACAUGGGCCAGCCCUACAUACCAAUUGGCACAGGAGUUCGAGAUACUUCCGGGCCAGAUUCACUAUGGAAAGUUGUCCCCCGCCCAGACACAAGGCAUGAUCAAAUUUGCUGUACGACCGCCCUUGCAGAAUGCCUUUUCUAUUGUCAACCAAGGGGCAGACAUUGUUGGAUUGAACCCUGGAAGAAAUACAAUGCUGACACGAUUCGGUAUAUCUACGGCAAGGCGGCUGAUCACAGUCGAGGGGCGGGUCUUGGACCAACCAAAUAUUAUGUACCGGGACAAUUCCAGUGUAAAACAGCUCCCAGGCUCCUGGAAUUUGAUCGACAUUAAAUUCAACGUUUCUGGCCAACGGCUGCGCAAAUGGUCGUAUCUUCUGCUCUCAGACAAGAAAGUGCAGGAUACAUUCCCCGACUUGAAAAGCCUUCAGCCAGUUCUCAAGAAGCUCCAGGCUGCCCUUCUCGACACCGGUGUUCUGGUCGACGCGCCCAUCCCCGGAAGAAUAGUCAGAGUGAACAAGGAUGACACUGCGGACCUGGAAAAUAGGCUUAAAGGAGCAGCCGACAAAUUAGACCUCCUCUACAUCAUUUUUCCCGAGAAAGACAGUCGCUGGUACCCAGUAAUUAAGCGGUUGUGCGAUGUGGAGUACGGAUUGCAGACGAUUUGCAGCGUUGGUCCUAGGUUGGUGGCAAAGAAAGGUCAAUCGGUGGGUCAAUAUGACAAGGCGCUCGAUCAGUAUAUGAGGAAUGUGGCGAUGAAGUUCAACCUGAAGCUGGGAGGCACGAAUCACGUUGUGGACAAUCUUCGUUUGAGUAUCAUCAAUGAAAAUAAGACCAUGAUUGUUGGACUGGAUGUAACGCAUCCAACGGGGUCUUCGAAAGGCUCUCCAGCCACUGCACCUAGCGUGGCAGCCAUGGUUGCCAGCAUCGACAAAAGACUUGGACAAUGGCCUGCAACUAUUCAGCUCCAGUCCCGUGGAGGAAAGGAGGAAAUAGACAGCUUGGACGGUAUGUUGAAGCGGCACCUCAGGCUAUGGAAGCUCCUAGGAGGGCACGCGUCAUUUCCCGAAAACAUUAUCGUCUUCCGUGACGGAAUCUCGGAAGGUCAGUAUAUCAAGUGCUUGACUGAGGAGCUGCCCCUUAUGCGAAAGGCCUGCCGAGAGGUUUACCCUAAGGAGAUGCAUGAGAAGAACCUUCCGAAGUUCACCGUUCUCAUUGUCAGUAAGCGGCAUCAUACGCGCUUUUACCCUACUGAAGUGCAAACUGCUGACAGGAACGGAAAUACGCCACCAUGUACGAUCGUUGAUCGAUGCAUCACCGAUCCCUAUUGCUUCAGUUUCUAUCUCCAACCUCAUUCUGCUAUCCAUGGAACUGCCCGCAACGCCUUCUAUUUUGUGAUUUUGGACGAGGUUUUCAGCCAGCGAUAUGAGGGGAAACUUCCCCCAAAAUACAAGAACGUCGCUGAGAUCGUACAAGACCUGACUUUGAACCUGAGCUACCUAGUUGGGCGUGCCACAAAGGGUGUUAGAGUCUGUUGCCCUGCGCGAUACGCCGACCUGGUCUGUGACCGAGCCCGAUGCUAUCUGAGUCGAUUUUAUGAACCAUGGUCUGAGAUCUCAUCGGUGGCCAGUGAUGCUAGCACAGUGCUGGCGACCAACAAGGAUGUCCUUGUUCAUGAGAAGAUCAGAAACACAAUGUUUUACAUCUAG